GACGAACUCAAAUCGAAAAGGGCUUGGGACCUGGCCAUUUCUCCGGCUAAAUCACUCCCCAUGAACGCGUUUAUGCUCUAUAUGAGUGGUACGGGUGUGCAGGUGUUCAGCAUCAGCACACUGGUCAUGCUACUCUUCAGCCCGUUUAAAGCGAUCAGCGGUAUGGAGAAGGCGUUCGCCCAAUAUAAACCGACGGCCUCGACAUCAAGCGGUGACCCACUCCUGCUACAAAAGAUCGUGUAUAUGCUGGCCAACCUGCUCCCCAUCGCUCUCGCAUUGUGGAAAUGUCGACAAAUGGGUUUGAUCCCCACGGGUACGGGUGACUGGCUUGCAUUUGAGACGAGAGGAGUGGUGCGAUGA